AUGAUCCUAAUGGUGAUCAUUUUCCUGCUGCUUCUGUUCUGGGAGAACGAGUUUAAUGAGGAAGGAGAGGUCUUAACCAUGGAGCAGUUGCAUGUGGACUACCCUCAGAGUGACAUUCCCGUAAGGUACUGCAACCAUAUGGUCUUACAAAGAGUCAUCAGAGGACCUGACAACACCUGCAAGAAGGAGCAUGUUUUCAUCCACGAGACGCCUCGAAAUAUCAAUAGGGUCUGCACCUCUUCCAAGAGGAGGAUUUGUCAGAACCAUUCUUCCAUUUUAUGUUUCCAGAGUCUGACCAAGUUCAAAAUGACAGUGUGUCAGCUCAUUGGAGGCACCAGAUAUCCUGCCUGCAGGUACCGAGUGUCCUCCAUGAAGGGGUUCAUUGUUGUCACUUGUGAUGAUAUAGGACCAGUUAGUCUCCAGAAAUAUGUUGAAUAA